AUCGUUCGUUGCAGGGGACAUUCCAUUUGAAUACAAUCUGCGGAUCCUCGGCCGUGCUGCGCGUAGUAUUUAGGAAUUCCAGACUGACAUACAUUCGCCAGUGACCCCGUCGUGUUUGUGGCCAAGUGGACAAUCGUCGCUUACAAUACAUUAAGAGGCAAAAAAACAACGGGCUAAGCGUUUAUGAGUCAGCGCGCGUAAUAGUGAACUCGGCUUAGUGUUUCAGUUAGCGUCCGGAAAGGUUCCCUGAAAUCCAAGCGUACGGAAGAAAAGCAUAGGUGGUUGUCACCCAAUGGAUUCAAUUCCUAAGUUCGAUGUAUUUCGAGAAUUUCUACAAGAUGUAUUGGCUUAUUUAAAAGAGGAGAUGAGUCUGGUGGAUUACCAAAAUACUUGCUAUGUCCUGAGCCAGGAAAGGAGGAAGUCACCGCAGGAGUUAGUCUCUCGUUGCGAAGAAUUGCUGAGAUGUUGCGAGAAGUUCAGCAGAAAUGGUGGGUCGAAUGAUAAUACGAAAAUAAAUGACAGCACGCAUCUCCCAGCUGCUGAAAACUCGUACCUUAACAUGACCAGGAACAGAAAGUGUGUGACUAGUCCCAGCAACAGUGUAGCAGAUGCAUCAGAUUCGGCCACCGAUUUCCCAAACGAUUAUGUCACUAUCAAUGCGUUACCGUCCACCUCCGAUCAUGAAAACGACACAGAAGCCAAAGAUAUCUAUGACACCUUCACGGUGCCUGCAAUCAGUGCAACUCCCAUGGAUGCUGCAACUACCAAAUCAGGAGAGGACCAAAACGAUCUUCAAAACUGUCCUUACUUGGGAUUACCGGCUGCGCACCUUUCCAUCAAAAAGUCACCGAAGCAAGGACAACUGACCCGCAUCGAGAAACGGAUAUUCUUCGACCAGAGCAAAAAGUACUUCUGUGGGGUGGUGGGCGAUUGGCUGUUAUGCUAUGCGGAUGGGUCUGCGUCCAUUAAACCGUCUUUAUGUGUACACCUGUGCCCAGGAACGGAAAUCGACCGUUAUGGAGAGGGAAAACGACGUGAUUUGUGUUUCCAGAUCUCGACCGCGGUGGGGAAACGAUAUAUUUUCCAGUCAAAUUCGGAAAUCGAUGCAAAGGGUUGGAUCCAUGCACUUGACGGCACUGUUCGCGGCAUUUAUCGGGACUCUCCUAUAAGCGCUGUAAUUGCAUCUGACCGCUUAUUAAUCAAAACCCAGUCAAACAACCUGCGAAAAUUGCCUACACCACCUGGAACGAAGAAAUUAUAUCCGGAUCUCAGCAGCAGUGUUAUAUCUAGUGACAGUGGUAACAACGAUGAAAUUUACGAGGUGCCAUGCCCUCUAUACAAGUCAUUGGAUCUAAUCCCCCCGAACAAACUACUUCAUUCGGAGGUAAAAUGCGCAGCCGAAAAAUAUGAAGAAUAUGACGUGCCAAGGAGCUUACCGGUGAAUCCUGUUACGAUAAAGCCUGGUACAGUAAGUAUCGAGCAACCCACCCUAGAUGACACUCUACAGGAGGAAGAAAGCCCUGUUAAAGUAAAACAAGUGCAACCAGAACCUUCAGCACAAUCACAACCGCAGCCAUCCCCUCCACAAUCAAUAGACAAUACAACAGAACGCAUCAAAGAACUGCAAAGUGGCAGUGAUAAUUCUAAACCUCUUCGAAGUCCUGCAAUCAGUCCAGUUUCAAAGCAAACGGUCAAAGCAUGUUCACAAACUUCCCCGGGUCUAGGAUCUGCAACAACCCCGGUGCGAAAUUGGUUUCUGAAUCGGUUGAAUAAAACCUCUCCAAACCAACCUCACCAACACCACCCCAUUAGAAGUCCUCAAAGGAGUCUUAUUAAGCACCAGAAGAACUUAAAAGAAAACAUGGACAAUGCACAAAACGACGGUUGGACUGGAGUAACGAAUCGAAUUCUGGUUGCUUCAGCGAAGGGUGAAAAAGUUAAUAAGAUCGUCAAUCAACUGGUUGAUGCCAACGGACGAUUACCUAUAUUUCGAAAUAACGGUAGUGGUAAGAAUUCCGAAAAUAUAACAGAAUCUACACAAGGAUUUAGUAUUGACGAUAUGAACUACGAAUUUAUAAAUACGAACAGUAAAGCUUAAGUUUCAUUUAUGUGCCUUGAAUGUGUGUAAUGUAAAUAUAAUAUUUCCUUUUCAAUGGAACGUUAAAUAAG